GAUCCUCCGCUAUGAGAACUCGGACGGGGAGGAGGUGGUGGAGACCUUCCCUUGGGCUUCUCCUCCGCACCGGAAAUCAUAUGAUGCUGUACCAGAGCAUUACGCCCCUGCGCCUCGGGUGAGAGUGCGUCGCUGGAUGCUCUUGCUUGAUUCUUGGAAGAGGCAGUGUGCCAAACUGACCCGGAAGCUUGCUGGCCGGAACAGAGAGGAACGCCAUCGAGACCGUGGAGGUUCCUUUGACAGAGAGCCCCAGGUGGAGACGUCCUUGAGGCAGGAAGGACCGAGUUUGGAGCUGGGACAGGGGUCCGGUGCUAGUGCUCAUCAGAGGCAUUCUGAUGCUGAGCGGGGAGCUUCCCCUUUUGUACAUGUUGAUCCCACCAGGCAUUCAUUUGGAGGUGCUAGCAGUUCACGAUCCUUUGUUCCUCCUCCCGGUUGCUACUUCGUAGGAAGUGGUCCUCAGCCUUGGGGUGCCGAUUCAUGGGCUUACUGGUCGGAGAUGGAUAGGAUGCGCCAGGCUCAGAUGUUUGGGCCAUACCAGUACAUGGUGAUGCCGUCGCCUUAUCAGUAUUCUUCUCCUCAGCAGGGAGUCCAUCCCUCUCCCAGCACAUUUCGUAUCUCGGAGCAGGAACCUAGUACCCCUAGGACGGAGUUGGAUCAAGAGCUGGAGCGUCUUAGGAGGCGGAACAGGGACAAGGCGCCUGUGAUUGAGGUCGCUGUCGAUGAUGAUUCAGAAUGACCCUGCA